AUGCCGGGCUUGGACGAGAACGACGACACAGUCCGCCUUCUCUUGGCCAUGGAAACGUCGCCUGCAUCGUCGCCAGCGUCGACGUGCGCCCAGCCUUCCACGUGGUCGGAAGAAAAGGUUGUCGACGACAUCACGGUGUUUCGCGGCGUCGUUCCUGGCUGCGACUGGAACGCAGUCAAAGCAACGGGGAUCGUACCGUGCGCCACAGCAUUCUUGGCGGCCAAGUUGAUCGACGAGGCGGAGAUGCCCCGCUUCGAUAAGAUGGUGGCCCGCGUGACGAUCCUCAACACAAACCACGCAAGCAACACCACGACCAGUGUCCGCCACGUCCAGCUCAAGCCCGUGCUCGUGACCAAAGCGCGGGAAUUCGUCGUGGAGACGACAACGAAUGCGCCUUCAGUCGUCGACGACUCGGCCACGAUUGCCAUUGCAUCCCGAUCGACCGCGUGGCCCGGCGUGCCGCCCACUGCUUCGUAUGUCCGCGGCAUCAACUUCAUUUCAGGAUAUAUCCUCCGUCCUGUCGUGGUCGUUGUGGCGGGCAAUGCGUCGUCCGUAGGGUGCCACGUCACUUUGAUCGCGCAUGUCGACCCUGGUGGGCUGCUGCCUGCGGUCGUGAUGAAUCUGCUCGCGGUCGACGCCCCAUGGAAGCUCCUUCGUCGAUUUCGAAAGCUCUAUGCCCACGACGCGAGUGUCCCCGACGUGGCAAGACAAACUCGCGCGCUGACGCGGGCCAUCGAGUCGACCGUGGCGCACACGUCGCGGUCGCGCAGCGCGCCGCCGCCGCCGCUUGACACUCAACCGCCAUGUUCAAGCGGCGCGGACCCCGGCACUCCACGUGGCCUUGAGCAAUUUGCGUGCGAAAGUGUCGCGAUUCUCUUGGCAAAAGCGUCGGACCAUUGCGUCGACACGACAUGGAGCCACGUCAAAGCGACGUCGACCGCGAUUGACGUGUUCCGCGGCGCCGUGCAAGGCUCCGACUGGACCGCGGUCAAAGCGACUGGCGUCGUUCGUUGUUCCGCAGCACGCUUGGCGUCGAAAUUGAUGGAUCCGACCGAAAUCGUUCGAUUCGACGACAUGACGGCGUCGUGCCGCGUGCUGAUGGCGUUGCCAAACUCGACGACGUCGGUGCGGCACAUCACGGCCAAGCCCGUCUUCCCCACGGCCGCCAGGGACUUUGUCGUGAUGUCCACGAUGGAGGUCAAACCCGACGACGUGGUUGUGAUUGCAACCCGGUCCAUGGACCACGCGACCGCCCCCGCGACGUCCAAUUUUGUCCGAGGCCACAUCAACAUUUCGGGCUACAUUCUGGACCCGGUCGACUUGGGUCCCGAACCAGCAUGCCACGUGACCAUGAUGGCCCACAUGGACCUUGGCGGCAUGCUGCCGGCCGUCGUGAUCAAUCUGUUGUCGGUGGAAGCGCCUGCGAAGCUACUGAACAAGGUCCGAGAGCUCUAUGGCACGACCGGGGCGACCGCAUCGCUGCCACGACGACGCCUCCUGCCUGACGUGACCGCAUGCCGAAACGAGUCCACCGAGGCGCGACCCGACCCCGGUCGAUCGCCCAACGGUGGCCAGGUGGACGGGUCGCCAAUUGCACGCGAUGCGCUGGACAACUACGCUGCGUUCGGCAACGCCAGCAUCGAGUUGCUCGUGGCCAAUGUCAGCGACGCGUCGACUAUUGCGUGGACCGAAGUCAAACUCCACGACGGCAUCGCCGUGUACCGCGGAGCCGUCCCGAAUUCCGACUGGAACGCUGUCAAGGCGACUUGUGUCGUGCAGUGCCCCGCUUGGUUUCUCGCCGGCAAGCUGCAAAAUCCAGCCGACAUGACAACGUUUGAUACGAUGACAGCGAGUUGCCACGUCCUGGCCGACUUUUCCGGCCGCGUGUCGGUGCGCCACGUCCAAGCCAAGCCAGUCUUCCCCACGACCGCUCGCGACUUUGUCGUGGUGACCGCUGUGCACGAGGUGGCAGGGUCGUCGUCUGCGUCGGACCACCAGGACCGCUUCGUGAUUGCAUCGCGAUCGACGACCCACCCGAAAGCGCCAGAGACCAAGCAGUUUGUUCGAGGAACGAACAAUAUCUCGGGGUAUGUCGUCGAUGGCGUCGACGGCGGCGCGUGCCGCGUGACUAUGAUGGCCCACAUGGACCUUGGCGGCAUGCUGCCAGCGGUCGUGAUCAAUGCACUCGCGGUCGAUGCCCCAUACAAGCUCCUGAAGCGAUUUCGAACACUGUAUGAGCUCGAGUCGUUUCCAAGACGGCCAUCCAUCCCGCCACAACCGGCAGCUCCUGCCACGUUGCUGAUGGAGUCGCAUCAACACCUUGGACCGGACGUCCUCGGCUCGACCCGCGUCCCCGACCGAACUUCGUACGACCCCAAGACCAGGACAUCGCGAUGCUACGUGUGCUCGAACACGAUGGCGACGUUCCUCCUGCGCCACAAUUGCCAGAUCUGUGGCCACGUCGUGUGUGGGUCGUGCUCGACGCACCGCAUCCAUACCAACUACUGGACGACUCUCCGGACGUGUGACACGUGCGUCGUCCACCUUCAACAGAAGCACGUCCCCGCGCUUCUUCCACCGCAGCCAUCCUCGACGGCCGCCAUAACCACACCUGCGUCAGCGCGUGCCAUCGAGCCCGCCCUCGCCAUCCAACCGUCCUCUAUGUUCUGCUACGCGUUCGACCAGUGGAAAUACGGCCGAAGACUCGCGUCCGCCGCGUGGGUCGCCGGCUGCCUCGUCCUCGUCCUCCCCGUCGUCCUUGGCGUGCUCUCCAACUCGGCCAUGGUCGACUUUGCUCAAGCGGUCAAGGUUUACUUUGACACUUAAUUCAGCUUAUUUAUCGGUAUCAAUCUUGUUUUUUU